UUUAUUUUGUAAGUGAAAUGAAAGUUGGAUAGUUGGAUAGGAGUAAUCGAGUUGAGUAUUGCUCUUAGUUGGUGUUCUUUGAUCCACAAAAAGCAAAAUCACCAAACCUUGGGUUCCAAUUGUAAUGGCGAAUUGCCAUAACUGUCUCAUUUCAAAAACACCAGCAAUAUGUUCUUCAUUUACAUUAUCAAUGGCUAUCAACUAUACCUCUGCCUCAUCUUUUUGUCCGCAGAUACCUAAUCCUAUCCAAUUCAGGCCUAAACCCAUUUUACAUUUCUUCUCCAAACCUCUAAUUUCAUUCUCUUCAAGGCACUUUUCUUCUCGGAUUGUCAAUGCUUCUGUCAAAGAUGAAUUUUCGGAGCGUGUUGGAUUUCUUGGUAUAGGAAUCAUGGGUUCUCCAAUGGCUCAAAAUCUCAUAAAGGCCGGGUGUCAUGUGACUGUUUGGAAUAGGACAAAGAGCAAAUGUGAUCCUCUCAUCAGCCUUGGUGCUGUUUACAAACCCUCUCCGGAAGAAGUGGCUGCAUCCUGUGAUGUGACAUUUGCCAUGCUUGCUGAUCCUGAGAGUGCAGUGCAUGUUGCAUGUGGGGAGCAUGGAGCUGCUAACGGGAUGGGUCCAGGCAAAGGGUAUGUAGAUGUUUCAACAGUUGAUGCCGAGACAUCUAAACUUAUAAAUGAGCGGAUUACAAGGACUGGAGCCUCAUUUUUGGAGGCUCCAGUUUCUGGCUCCAAGAAGCCAGCAGAGGAUGGGCAAUUGAUAUUUCUUACGGCAGGUGACCAGUCCCUAUACAAUAAGGUUGCUCCCCUAUUAGACAUCAUGGGAAAGUCGAGAUUCUAUCUUGGAGAUGUUGGUAAGGGGGCUGCUAUGAAACUUGUUGUCAACAUGGUCAUGGGAAGUAUGAUGGCAUCAUUUUCUGAAGGACUGCUGCUUAGUGAUAAAGUUGGGCUGGAUCCAAGUGUGCUUGUUGAGGUAAUAUCACAAGGUGCAAUCAGUACACCAAUGUAUAAACUCAAAGGGCCAUCCAUGAUACAAUCCCAAUAUCCUACAGCAUUCCCGUUGAAGCAUCAACAGAAGGAUUUAAGACUUGCACUUGGAUUAGCAGAGUCUGUUUCUCAGUCAAUACCACUUGCAGCUGCCGCAAAUGAGAUUUACAAGGUUGCCAAAUCUCGUGGACUUAGUGACCACGACUUCUCUGCUGUAAUCGAAGCUCUGAAAUCGAAAACUUCUGAAUAAACAGCUAUCCGUCCAAUUUUGCGCAAGAUUCCACCCCUCCCUCACUCUCGUCUGAACAUCCUGUAGAAUGCUGCAUUCACAUUAAGCACGACUUAAUCUGAUUUGUUGUUCUUUUCCUUCUUCCCAGAUUAUGUCUUUAGAUGAAGCACUUUGUUUUGCUUCUGGUGAAGAGUGUUAAGAAAGAGCAUUCGAGUCAUCUCUCUGAAAGUUUGAACUCUCGUCUGCUCGAAACCGUGUAUAGGUGUAUAACAUGUAUACCUCCAUAUAAUAAUGCAAUGUUUUGUUAAGAGUGGCA